ACGCAGAAAGAGUCGGUGCACGAGAGGGAAGACAUAUUCAGUUCAGUUGUGUGUGCGCGCGUGUGUGUGUGUUGGAGGGUCGUCAACAUGCGUGCGUGCACACACCUGCACGUUAUUCUCUCCACCAGCUUAUAAUUGAUGUCACUCACCGCUCGACACACUGCACUGACAUAAGGCUCAUUGGAGAUAGAGGAAUGCAAAUCUGCAACCAUGAUGGAAGGAUUGAAAAAACGUACCAGGAAGGCCUUCGGGAUACGGAAGAAAGAGAAAGACAAUGACUCCACGGGGUCCCCAGACAGAGACGGGGGUGAACCCCAAGAGGUUGAAUCGUCUCAGAAGAAAUCCAACGGGUCCGAGAACGGCUUCCUCGGAGACAUCGACUGGGACCGAUAUAACUCUCCGGAGGUGGACGAUGAAGGCUACAGCAUGAGACCCGAAGAGGAGUCAGAAGAGGGAACUACUGUAAAGAAGCCCCACUUCUUCUCCUCCGACGAGUCGGAAGGAGAGGAGGACCACAGGAAAAAAUUCAAAAUCAAGAUCAAGCCGCUGCGGGCCGUGCAAGUCACAACGGCGCCCUCGGUGGACGAGCUCAAAGCCUCCAUAGGAAACAUAGCUCUGUCCCCGUCUCCUCUGAGGAGUCCGAGACGUAGCCCGGGUUUGAAAAGAAACCCGUCCAGCGAGGAGAUUGCCAGACCGAGACGCGUCGUCCCCACUCUUCCCACUGUGGCCGCCACACCAGCUCCAGCACCACAACCCCCCAGCGGUCAACAAACACCAGUCUCUGAAGACACCACAGACUUAUUCGGGCCUCCUUUGGAUACAACUUUCGGAGAACAGAAAACUGAAGUGGUACUGUCUGAGUCCGAUGCGUGGGGUGCCCCUCUGUCAGAGCCAGAGUCCCCUUUGACAAGGUCCUUCCCAACAGGAACACCUCCUCCACUUCCACCCAAGAAUGUCCCAACCUCUCCUGUGACAACUGAUCCUCCCUCUGCAGAUGACGCUGAAGCCUCGACAGAAGCAGGCGACAAGAAGCCCUUGACAGCAGACUUGGACAACCUUUUUGGACCAGAGCAGGCGGCCCCUGUUGGCGAGGAUACAGGUGACACGUGGGUCUGCUUCAGUGAAGAAUCUUCAAACCAGACGCCUCAACCAAAGGACCCUACCCCUCCUCUCCGUUCCUCCCCGCCUCCUCCAGAGGAACCAGCACCCCCGUUACCAGCCUCCCCGCCUCCACCUGAGUCUCCUGCCCCUCCCUUACCUACAUCACCACCUCCUCCAGACGACCCUGCACCGCCUCUCCCUACCUCGCCUCCUCCGAAACAUGACCCUGUCCCCCCUCUACCAACAUCCCCGUCUCCCUCGGAGGAACCCGCUGCACCUCCUGUCCCUUCGGGUCCUUCCACGCCCGAAGACCAAAAUCCUCUAGCAAGAGCCACCUCGCCCCCCACGACCACCAAGGAGCUCGCAUCCCCCCCCGCUUCGUCUCCCCCUCCGCUCGCCUCACCUCCAUGUGUCCCACCGGCUUCUGCUGCUAAAGCAAGCACCCCCCCAGCAGGGACUCCCCCUUCUGAGGAACCUGCGACGCUCCCUGUCCUGCCACCCCUUGCCCUGGCUCACACGGAGCCGCCCAGGAACACAGUCACCACCCCACCCAAAGAAGACGCCGGUGAAACGGUCAGCUCGCCCAAAGAUGCUAGCAAGGGGAGCCGGACCACACCUCCCCCACCUCCUCCACCCACGUACAGGGCAGUUGUGUCGUCGCCCGGUCCCACAUCUGGAACUGGUGGCACGAAUAGCGGUUCCUCCUCUCCAGUGCGACCUGCGACUCCUUCGUCAGUCGACCCCACCCCACCGCCACCUCCACCUCGCCCCGCCUCGAGGCCCAAACUUCCUCCUGGGAAACCCACUGUAGGAGAUGCGAAUCGUCCGUUCAGCCCGCCGGUCCACUCGGCCAGCCCACCUCCCAUCGCCCCGUUGGCGCGGGCUGAGAGCACCUCCUCCAUCUCCUCCACCAACUCGCUGAGCACCGCCACCACCCCCACCGUGGGCAAAGAGCUGUCCGUGUCUGUGUCAGAAGACGAUGCUUAUGUAGACAAACUGCCCACCUUUGAGAGACACUUUGAUUCGUUUGCAGGCUGCUCCAGAGGGCCCAGUCCUCUCACCAUGGGGGCUCAGGACACUCUUCCCGUGGCCGCUGCUUUCACAGAGACGGUCAACGCCUUCUUUAAAGGAGCCGACCCCAGCAAGUGUGUCGUGAAGAUCAUAGGUGAGAUGGUUUUGUCGUUUCCGGCGGGAAUUACGCGGCACUUUGCCAAUAACCCGUCCCCCGCCGUGCUAACCUUCAGCAUAACCAACUACAGCCGACUGGAGCAUGUGCUGCCUAACCCCCAGCUCCUCUGCUGCGACACCACCACACAAGCCAAGGCCGAUGCCAAGGACUUCUGGGUGAACAUGCCAAACCUGAUAUCCCACUUAAAAAAGGUGUCGGAGCAGAAGCCACAGGCGACGUACUACAACGUCGACAUGCUCAAGUACCAGGUGUCUUCGCAGGGCCACCAGUCCACUCCUCUGAACCUGGCCGUGAGCUGGCGGUGUGAGCCCACCAGCACUGACCUGAGAAUAGACUACAAAUACAACGGCGAGGCCAUGACGACGCCGAUGGCGCUCAACAAUGUUCAGUUCCUCGUCCCUGUCGACGGAGGGGUUUCCAAACUACAGGCUGUCUUACCUCCUGCUGCAUGGAACGCAGAGCAGCAAAGAAUCCUCUGGAAGAUUCCCGACAUCUCACAGAAAUCUGACAACGGAGGUGUGGGGUCGCUGUUGGCGCGCUUCCAGCUAACGGAGGGUCCCAGUAAACCAGCUCCACUGGCGGUGCAGUUCACCAGUGAGGGCAGCACGCUGUCGGGCUGUGACAUUGAACUGGCUGGGCCCGGCUACCGCUUCUCUCUCGUCAAGAAGAGGUUUGCCGCCGGAAAAUACCUGGCCGACAACUAACCUAUGCUACUGAGAACAACACUGUUGAACUUAACGACGGCAGUGGACUGAGGAUGACACAGAGGACAGACCGACACCAGGCAGACUCUCCAUGGACCUUUUCUGAACCCACGCGACAGAUCUGCAGAUCCUACCCAGCAGUAUUGUAUAACUCGCAUAUAACAUUGUGGAAACUGUUUUAGGUCAUGUAAUUAUUGUAUUUGUACCCAUUCAACAUCUGUAUUGCUGCAGUUCGACACCUGGGUUCUCCCUCUCCUCUAAAGUCGGUCCCCUUGUCUCCAUCCUCCUCCGGUCAAUGUUUGGUGGUGUUUUUAAACGUUUCACUGCAGCUGCCUGACCUGACCACACGGACGGAAAGAGUUUCGGUCAUACCGUACCUCUGGAUGACGUUUGCUGUCCCCAGUCCUGAUCAUUCAUGCAGUGAAAGAUAUGCUUGAGUAAGAUCUUUGUAGUCAGACACACACACACCUCCAGCUCUGGCACAUCCAAAGUCAGACCCAGUCGAGCUGAAGCAGGGCCUAUAGGACAAUACUUAGUAAGUCAUAUGCCUUCAUUAGCGCAUAAGAAAAUCACAGCUCUAUGAAUAAUCCUUGUGUUGGGUCCGGGCGUGAAGCCAGAGGCGGCUGUCCCCACUGUCUCACACGGACGGCAGCCAUUUGUGUGGCUCUUGCCAGCAAUUAAAAUGCAUUUACCGAUGCAGUUCGACACGCGUUGUCGCAGAGAGUUAGACGGAGGACGGUGUGUGUGUGCGCGAUCGGAUGAAACGCAACCUUAAGUUACUACAAACUGAUUUUCAUGCAUCGCCUACAGGUACUACAGGGUCACAUGUCUUUGGAUCACUUCCUUUUUUCAAUAUAAUUGCACUGAUCAAACUGGUAUUUUAUUUUUCUGAAACACACACACACACAGUCACGGAGAGGUUUUUAGCAAGUUAGGCAGCUGCAAUGAUAAAUCAAUGUACUCGUUGCUGAAUAAGAAAAAUGUUUUCUUUUUUCCCGUCAGAACAAAAGAAAUGUAUAAAGUGUCAUUUUAAACCAAUAAUAUAUAUAUCUUAAAGGGCGUUUGGUGUUUUCCUCGUAUUGUCAGGUAGCCUUUCUGUUGUUCCCAGGACGGCAGUGUUAGACUCCAGAGUACACGACAGCAUUCUAUUUUUAUUUAUUGAUGACGGCGACUCGUUGUAUAAAACAUGUGAUUCUGUAUAUGAAUAGAAUUUGAAUGGUACCACACAACUCAGAACCCUUAAAGGUAUAAAUAUUUGAACUCUCUUUCUUUUCUUUUGUUAUCUGUGUAGUUGGGUAACCCGUGUACAGUAUAAGGUAUAAUUAUUUGAAUUUAUUUCAGAUAUAAUUUUUUAACUCAAGCGCAAGAGAAGAUUCGAGCUAUAUAUGGGUGUGGGGGUAAUUUAAAGAAAACAAAAAUAAAUAUCUUCCUGGAUGCUGUGUUAUGCUUUGUGAAAGCAGUGUUAAUGUAGAGUUAGCUGGACCAUGGGUGAGUUCCACACUGUAAAGAACCAGUUUAGCAUUUUGGGAAAUAUUCAGUUUUCAUGUGGUUUCUGAGCAUUAAACGAGAAGAUCAACACCAUUCUUAUAUCUUUACGUCAAACAGGAAGCUGAAGCUAGGACAUGUUGAGCUGAGAUUGUCACAAAAACAGGAAAUGAGAGAAAUUUGAGGUGACUGUAUUAAGUUUUGGUUUUCUGGCCGAUUUAGCCUCAAUUUCCCGGUGUCAUCUGCACCAGUAGAUUUUGAACCAUGAUAAAUGAAUGCUAAUGUUCACUUUAGCUUCAUAUGUAAGAUCGAUGCUUCCCACAAUUCUGAACUGUUCCCGUAAAUAACAACGAGACAAUGACGACAAAUGCUCUAAGUUCAUCUCGACAACAGAGACGAAGUUUGGUGACCGUGGUGACGGGAUGUUUUUUUUAAUUGGGACCAGUUUCCUUUUUUUCUCUCUUUUAAAUCAAAACCUCAUAGUGAUGAAAAACAAACGUUAUCGGUUCCCUCAUCUACCGAUUCGGUUUAGAUUCGGCCGCGUGUCGUCCGUUAAGCUUCUCACCUGUUCCCGUUCACCUCAGCGGCUCCUGAACUUAUUCUAUCACGAGCAAAUCCCCAGUCAUCCCAGCAGCGCUCAAACCCAUGGCUUUAUUUUGCAUAAUUGUAAUGGUCUCUGUGAGAUGACAUGAGCUGAAUGAGGUUGUGGAGUGGAGUCGACCAAAAUGCUUUUUUGUUUGUUUUUUCUUUUGUAUUUUAUGUCAGUCGGUCCUCUGUACAGGACGAUAAGCUGAAUAUUUUUAAAACGGAUAAAAAUGAAAAAAUAUUAUAUUGUUUAAUGUGAUUAAAAACACUGUGCUGAUGAUGUUGAACUUCCUGAAUGCUCUGACACUCAACGUGAAGAACAAAAAGUGUGUGUGAAGUGUAGCUGAACCUCUGUACUACAUGUCGGUAUUUCGCUAAAUGAAACCAAUCACAGUCCUUUCCGUCGCUGCAGCGUAGUCUGACGCUCCCUGGAUUGGAUGUCGUUUUUAAACAUGUGGUCCUUUUACCAACAAUAAAAACCUGAUCUGGGCCAUGCAAUUAAAAUGGAAAAUCUCAUUCUCAACCAGAUGUUGAAUUUUUCGUUUGCAGACCCAGUGCGAGGAAAGGUUUUUAAAAAGUGAGACGACGAUGCUGAUUGGUGCCAUUUAGCUCCUGGUAAGUCGUUAGUCUGGUCACACUUUUUUUCAGUCAUGUCCAUCGUGGAGGAAUCCCCAUGCCUGAAAGAAAGUCGUUACCUUCUGGGUGAAUCUUGAAACAGUGCAACAGUCACUACAGCAUUAUCUACACAGGCUCACCGUACACAUUACCCAUCAUGCAUCUGUUUAAAUUAGCACUACAGCUUACAGGUCUUUCACUUUGAAAGGCAGAACAGAACUCUCUCAGUCUGCUGGUGGUUAGUCUUUGUAUCUUCUAAUAAAAAAGGAUCAAAACUUCUUUUCUUCCCAGAUCUUCAUCCCCGUGGUGACUUUGUCCUGCAGUAAUUCAUUAUUGCAUGCAGAGCAUGCAGUAAAAUGUGGGGCAUCUAUGAUGAUAGAUAGUACUGAAAUGACGUGUUGUGCUGAGUGUCAGUUACCUGUGUUAGUGUUGAGAAGAGAGCAGGGAGUGUGUCUAUGUGUGCUAUACGCCAGAAUGCUUUUUGGUUCUGUACCGUUAACCUCAAACACGUGUGCAAGCUGUUUGUACAGUACAUAACAACGCUAAGAUCAACUGAGAAACUUAGUUUGCUUCUUUCCAAAACCAAUAAAAGUUAUAAAUGGA